AUAUAUUUUGGAAUGAUUUCAACAAAUGGAUUAACAUAUAUGUUCAUGUACGAAUGUGAUGAAUGAUUCGACAAGUCUAACGCAAAGGUACAGAGCUGGAAAUCAUCGGCCGAAAGCUUACGGAUGAGCGGGAGUGGAAACAACAUCGGAAAUCACCAACUUUGUCAUUCCCGUAUCGCAACCUUUACCACCAGGGAAUCCCUAUUCAUGAUCUUCAUCCUCCCCAUCGAUGAACGGUACCCUUGAGCUAAAUACAUUAACCGCUGUCAGCCCUAAGGAGAAGAGAAGGCAGCCUGCAAAGAACGUAGGAAGAAUCUUUCGUCCUCCUACCAAGUUGAGCAAUUGCCUAUACCUUCUGAGACUUUUCUCACAAGAUACCUUAGAAAGGGGUAGGGAAGCCAAGUCUUUUUCUUCGUUCUGGAAGGAUAACCCGGUAUGUAUCGGUGGUCUGACCCUUGCUGAGAAAGCAAAAGAGAAGAACCUGCUUAAGUCUUAGUCAAGGCAUAUCAUCAAAGCGGAACGGAACUAGAAAGAAAAAUCAAUAAAGAGGCUUAGUCAAGUCAAGCCUACUGAAUAUCUAGUUAAGUAAACCUAUGAGUUAAGUUGUUUAUGAAAUCAGGUCAGCGAGAGAGCUGCGAGAUCGUCCCCACGAUGGUGUUACAACAAGUCGUUAGUCAAAGCUGUCAAUCAAGAUCUGAUCUCACAAUUGGACAGCUUGCGGUAUUUUGGGCAUAUCUCCAUCGUUUCUUCAUGAAAUUGCAAACCGUUUGAUUCUGUGGAUUCCUAAGAUAUAAGGCUAUAACUUUCGUAUAGAAAGUAUUUCGAAUUAACAGGUGUAAAACAACGUAAAUCGGACCUGAACUCAAUGGAAAGUUGCUGUCCAGAAUUUCGGCUAUGUCGAUGAACACGAUUCCGACGAUUAACUCACUAAUUUCAAUAUUCCAACGCCAAACCCUCUCUACGAUACCUUCCGGAUGUUCCUAAUAAUUGUUAGAGAGUUUAUGGUAGGUAUUUGGAAUGAAAUAAUAUGAAUUUGGUGAAGAAACACAUGCCAACCCGAGGAGCUCGCCACCACUAGCGCAGUCCCGGUAUUUUGGUCAUAUCUUCUUCGUUACUUAACGAAAUCGCGAGCCGUUUGUUGGGCUGGAUUUGUAUCGUCCGGGGAUACAACUUUGGUUCAGAAAGUAUUUCGAGAUAAUGAAUGGAAAAUUUCAGUUUUUACCUCAAAGUGGACUGAUGUGUUUUGGUUUCAGGAUUUUGGACACUUGA